AUGUCCAGCAGCCGUUUCCAGAUCGAAAAGCUCUUCAAUGUCAAGGGAAAAGUAGCCCUUGUGACUGGUGGGUCCACUGGCAUCGGCUUGAUGUGUGCACAAGCGCUCGCUGUCAAUGGCGCAAAAGUCUAUAUAGUUGGACGCAAGCAGGACAAGCUCGACAAUGCAGUCAAGACACACGGCACGAAUCUUCCUUCUGGAGGCUCGCUCGUCCCGUUGGUUGGCGAUGUCACAUCCAAGGACUCCAUCAAGAAUCUAGUCAAGCAGGUUGAGGCUCAAGAAAAGUGUCUGUGCAUAUUGGUCAACAAUGCCGGUAUUUCUGCUACAUCCAGUGGUCCUCAAGCAGAAAAUGCGGCCGGUGGCAGCGAAGUCAAGUCGUCUGAAGGUCUUGGUGAAACGGCGCAGGAACUCAAGGACAAUCUCUUCGAUGCAGUUCCGUUCGAGGCAUGGGAUGAUGUCUUCAGGACCAAUGUGGCUGCAAUGUACUUUACAUCAAUAGACUUCUUGCCCCUGCUUUCGCGCGCCGCAGAGCACCAACAUGGCUUCUCUGGCUGCAUCAUCAACAUUUGCAGCAUCUCUGGAUUGACCAAGCAGAGUCAGAACCACUUCGCCUAUAAUGCUAGCAAAGCUGCUGCCAUCCACAUCAACAAGAUGCUCGCUGUGCUUCUUGGUGAGCGACACGUCAAGGUCCGCGUCUCUGCCAUCAGCCCAGGUGUCUUUCCUUCGCAAAUGACGGCUAGUGAGGAGCCUGAUGAAGCCAAUAAGAGUACCCUCGACAAGGACAUGCUCAAGGAGAUUCCUGCUGAGCGACCUGGUCGCGAUGAGGACAUGGCUCAGGCUUGUCUCUUCCUGGCCUGCAAUCAGUACGUCAAUGGAGUCAAUAUCCCUGUGGAUGGCGGUUACUUGCUCGUUCGCAACGCUUGA